AGAAGAGAAAGGGUGUCAAAUAUGUCGGAUACUAAAGAACAAUCAGAGCUUGACAAUCAUUCGAGAAAGAUGUUUGUUUCUGUCCCUGGCACUGAGACAACAAUGCCGCUUUCCCAUGGAAAAGAGAACAAAAAAACUUCUGAUAUAGAAUCUAAUUUAAGAAAUAUAUUUGUAUCCGAUCCGUCCAGUAGCAAGAAAGAAUACCUGUCUCAAAGAUUAACAACAUCUGAGAAAGAGAAAACAUACCCGUCUCAUUGUAAGGAAAACUCUCAAGACCCAAUCAAAAACUACACAAUAGAUCUAAAAGAGACCUAUACAAGGUGUGUUGCAUGUACCUACAGUAUAUCCAAUACCAAGCAUGCACUGGUUUGCAAAUGCGGAAUUCAUUGGUACUGCAGUCAACAGUGCGUGAAAUUGGUUACAGUGUGUAAUGCAAGUACACUUCGGGGUAAUAAUCUGACCUCAGAUUCUUUACACUCGUUCUACACUUGGAUCAAAUCAUUCUACAAUCUUGAAACUCUGAACAUGGUGAGGGAGUAUAUAAGUUCUCCAGCAGGUGUGUCAAGGUCAGAGAUGAAAAAGAUGGCUGAAAGAGGGGAUUGGAAAGCAGCUCUGAUUAUUGGUUUAACAUAUGAGCUAAGAUUUGUGUGUGAUUGGGAUAUAUGUCAACUGGCACUUCGUCCCCCGUUUGAGAAAAGUCGACCUUUCAGUGAUAGGAAAGCAAUUAAAUACUACAAGAUAGCUGCAGAAAAGGGCUCAGUUGAAGCUUUUGCUGCAAUUGGUAGGGCUUUAUAUUUGAACCUAAACCAUAAGAGAGAAGCUAAAGAUAACUUAAUGCUCAGCAGUGAUAGUUUUGAAACCUCUCUCAUGUUUCUCAACCGGAUCUGCUUUACGGAGCUUGAUACAUUCAAAUCAAUUGGCGAUACAUAUCAUUUGAUCGGAAUUGCAGGAUUAAUUCUUUUCAAACUGAAAUCCCUGGAUUCCUCAAAAUCUAGAAUAACUAAGGAGGCAAUGGAGGCAAUGGAGUUCCCACUCUUGGCCAAGUCUUAUUUGCAAGUUAAAUCUUGUUCUAAAGAGCUCAGAUUGGAAUUGAUUAGCUCUGAAACAUUCCAUGAAACACCUGGCUAUUUAGCAGUGGGUAGAAUCGAAAACUCUAUUUUCAUACAACAGCCUGUAAAGCUUGAAAAUAACUUAGGAUCAAGAAUGGAUGCGCUUGCAACUUCAGAUGAUAAGUAUUUUGACCGACUAAGCUUGAAUCUACCAAAUUAUUCCUGCGAACAUGACAUAAUAUCUUGUGGAAACCUAUGUAAAGAGUGUGAAGAUAUUACUAAGCAAAGAAUAUUAAGCGUCUACCGGAAGGAGUAUAUAAUGAGCCGAGAUGAAACUCUUGCUCAGCUAUUUUAUAGUGUUAUCUUCACCCUCGAGUCUGGAUUGAAUAGAAGGCUGGACAACUUUAGGAACUACAGUAAACAUGAGGUUAUUUUCACCAUCCGUUUUCUGGCACUGGAACCCAUGGAUCUACACCCACUACAGCUGGCCAAGGAUCCCAACAUAUACUGGCCAAUUGUUCAUUACUACGGGUCUGUUUACUCUGCCCUCUUGGAAAUCCUGGGUAAACAGACGGUUGAUCUCAUUUAUAAGGAUGUAAGUGAAUUAACAGCUUUGCCCAAAGAAGUAAGCAUAAUUACUGAAGAGAAGUAUAUGCUUAAGUGUGGAUACUUUCCUUGUGUUCAUCUAGACUGGGACUUUACCUUCAAGCGAUGUGUUGGGUGCAAGAUACGCCGUUACUGUAGUCCUAAGUGCUACAAGCUAGACAACAAGUUUCACAAGGAAUGGUGUUUUAUCCGACCAGGACAGGAUACAGAGGAGGGUUAAUAUAAUCUCAUGUAACAAUUGCAUAUUCUUCACAUUGUAAUAUUUAAACGAUUUUGUGAAACAUGCCAAAAUUAUUUGCCAUACAUAUGUCCUGAAAAAAAAAUGGCAAUUUAAAGCUUAAAAAUAGAAUUGUUUUUCUCUCUGAUCUCCUAAGUCAAAAAAUUACUCAAAGGAAAAAAAAUAUUGAGCUGAAAUUUUAAAAUAUGUUUCUAGUUUAUGAACGACAAUAGAAUUUUUUUUUGUUGCGUUUUUUGUUAUUUCUAUUUUUCAAAUAUGUUGAUUAAAAAAAGUGCCUUAAUAAGUAAAGCCAAAGACUACUAUACAUGUAAAUGAUUGUCCUAACGGAAUAUCGGUGCUGAAAUAUUAAAAUAUGCCUCGAGUUUUGCUAAAAGUUUUUUCAAGAAUUUUGUUUUUUUUUGUCCUACUAGAAAUUUGUUAAAUUGAAUUUAUCGUAUUUUACGACUGUACUUAUAAACGUUUUUGGAAACUUUGCGCAAAUAUUUUUUCGAUGACGUACAACUUUAAACUGAUAUAACUGAUGAUCUUUCUUUCUCAUCUAGAUGACCAAAGCCAAUAAAAUCUCGUGUAAUUUUUAUGGAACACUUAAGAUUGAAAAUUCAAAAAUUUGAUCUCAAUUCUAGAAAAUUGCGCAAUGUUAAAUGUUGAUUUUUUAUUUACCUUUACAUUUUUUUAAAUUUAAUACUUUCACAAGACAUAAAAAGUAUGUGAUCUCUAAAAUACUUAACUCGCAAAUAUUUGACCCCCGAGGGUGUGCCAGAAAUAUUAAAAAAUGGUUAUUUUUUCAGAA